GUGAACAAUUUUCUUAUGACUGGACCCAAGGCCUAUCUGACGUAUGCUAGUAGCGUGCAAGUGGGCGCGCAGAGCGGGAUCCAGGAAUGUAAACACCAGUUUGCUUGGGACAGGUGGAACUGCCCGGAGAGUGCGCUCCAACUGUCAACUCAUAAAGGCCUUCGCAGCGCCACGAGUGAGACCUCUUUCGUGCACGCGAUCAGCGCAGCAGGUGUCAUGUACACACUGACCCGCAACUGUAGUCUCGGGGACCUGGACAACUGCGGCUGUGACGGCUCGAGAAAUGGUCAAAUCGGGGGGCGUGGGUGGUUGUGGGGCGGCUGCAGUGAUAACUUGGACUUUGGGGAAAGGAUGUCAAAACAGUACGUGGACGCGCUUGAGACUGGCCAGGACUCACGGGCGGCUGUCAACCUUCAUAACAACGAGGCCGGUAGAAUGGCGGUGAAGGCCACCAUGAAGCGAAUCUGCAGGUGCCACGGUAUGUCUGAGAGUUGCUCCGUUCAGACCUGCUGGAUGCAGCUGUCUGACUUCAGAGACAUCGGCAACUACCUCAAAAUCAAACACGACCAGGCGCAGAAACUGGAAAUGGACAAGAGGCGGAUGAGGUCGGGGAACAGCGCCGACAACAGGGGCGCCAUUGCGGACGCGUUCAGCAGCAUCGCCCGAACGGAGCUCAUUUACCUGGAGGAAUCUCCAGACUACUGCAGUCAGAACGCCAGCCUGGGCCUUCACGGUACUGAGGGCAGGGAGUGCCUGCAGCACGGCGAGGGCUUGAACCAGUGGGAGAAGAGGAGCUGCCGCCGACUGUGCCAUGAGUGCGGCCUGGGGGUGGAGGAGAGGCGGACAGAGAUAGUCAGCAGCUGUAACUGUAAGUUCCAAUGGUGCUGCACGGUCAAGUGUGAGAACUGCUCUCAAGUGAUGGUCAAACACGUGUGUGCCAGAAGAGAGGGAGGCCACGGACACAACUACAGAAGGAGAUACCGAGGACCUAAAUGA